AUGGGUUUAUUUAACAAAUUGCGACGCAGUUCGCGACGCAGUAAUAGCGCAGGCAUCGCGACCGAGCCAGAAUCCCCACCGCGCUUCGGCCGAGACCACACCAAACGACUCCCGCGGCCAGUACUGGCGCGCAUCUUCGCCCUCGUGUGUCCCCACACAGUCGACAACACCUACGGCACAUCGGAAGAAUCUGCCAGCGAUGGCUGCAUGCUCUGUGACAUGCGCGACCUAGCGCACUGCGCCCUAGUGAACAAGCGAUGGUUCCUAGACGCGCGGGAACUGCUGUACGAACCAAACACUUGGCCACAAAACGCAACGUCUAACAGAAAGACUAGAUACACGAACGUCCGCAUCGACCCGGUACACUACUGCGAGCUCGAAAUCGAAUUAGCCGCCAAGCGGAAACGCCGCUCGUUCUUCGACCGCAAUGGCGACCCGAUCGAUGCCCCGCAGGUGCGACUGGAACUGUUUAUGCGCAGCGUGCGAGAGUCGCAGGGGCUGGGCAAUAUGGUGCUCUCACUGCGCAUGCCAUACAUGACCCGCGAAGCCAACAAGGCCAACAUCGCCCGCACGAUCUCCGUCCUGCCGAAUCUCCGCUUCGUUGAUCUCCCGGUGGGUCUGUACAGUGACGAGCCGUCGUGUCUACCGCUGAAACAGGAGUUGAUGGUACGCUGUCCGGAGCUGCGGCGGAUGAGUUAUCGUCGGGGUGCCGAGGGGAGUUUUGCGCGUCUGUCUGGUUCGCAGCUGUGGAUAAAUCUGGAGGUGUUGGAGCUGUCUGGUGUACAGAUGGAGGUUGGCACAUUGCGCAGUGGACUCGCGGCAUUCCCGCAUCUUCGUGAGCUUACGCUUGAGGAGAUGGACUGGCUGGAUGACUCGGCGUUUGGCAUGACUGUGCCGGUGCCUCCAUUCCCUGCAGUGCAGUCUCUGACACUUCGAGAUACCCCCGGUGUGACGGCAAGCGGGCUUGCCUCAUUCCUGUCCACGCCGAGAAACAAGGCAGCGCUGCAGACGUUGACAUUCUCCAAUACUGGGGUUGCGCCAUCGCAAGUGCAUCACAUUCUCUCUGCAGCUCCGCGACUGGAGCGUCUUUCCAUUAUUCAGGAAGUCUCACGCUCAUUCCCUAUGGAGCAGAUUCCUCCUAUGGCGUCGAAAUCACUGCGCCUCCUGCAUUAUGAAAUCACAUCUCAAACCGAGGCUCACGGGAUGCCCCCGGUGGUGUCCUCCUACUAUGGCUACCUUAUUUCCUCGUUGAUGUCGCGGGCUCUACCAGCUCUUCGUGAUUUGUAUGUCCGCGAUGCCAACUUCCCCGACACACUGCUGCUCAUGCCUCCACCCCGACUCUUCGGCGGUGGUGAAAAUGGCCCCCAGAUGCGAGGUGGUUUGUCGCAGCCAUUGAACGUGUACAGCAAGGGUCUGGACGAGUUAGAGUGGAACUUUACACCAUACGACCCCGAACCAACACAUGGGCGCCGAGAUUCACGCACGCGCCCGGUGAGUUUCCACGAAGCCCAAUUGAGUCGAUCCUGGGGUGGCGAUGCGCGCAAAAGUGUGCUAGUCGGCAAUGGGUUUGGAGGAUUCCUUGCUGUGCCAGCUGAAGACGAACGGCCUCAAAGUAGUCAGGGCCACAAGCGACUGAGCCGAGGGGAUUUGUGGCGGUAA